AAGCUAGCUAAUAGCCUAUAUGGACAGGUAAUAUUCAGACUGUGGACGAUAAGGAAGCAAAUAUACUUUUUUUCCGGAGGAAAAAAACAUGCACACUGCAGAUACACCGAUCUCAUUCUAAGAAGUAGAAGCCAUGGAAUCGAUGCCAACAUUUUUUUUCUAGGAAAAAAAAGGAAUUGGUAACAAAUUCCAGUCGUCGCGUGCAAACUGGUUUAUCAUGAUCCCCCAGUAGAGCAGGAGAGCAGCCAUGGCCCAUGGGGAGGACGGAGGAAGAAGCUAGGCCAACGCUGGUCUCCGGUGGGACACGUAGGGCGUGUUUGUGACCCUGUCCCUGGCCAGCUCGGUCCGUUCAAUUAGACCAGGCUGAGGCUAGCCUGUCCCGGCUACUGCAACUUAUUUUGUUUGCGCACUUGUACCAUAUGAGCCUGGCUCAGACGAGCUGGUGUUUGUCAUCCAAUAUGCAGCCAGGCUAGAAGACCAAAACUACCUAAACGCGGAAUCCUUGCGCCACGAGCAGCCAGGCUCCCAGGAAACGGACCUUGAGCUCGUUUCUGUGGAGCCAGGCUGAGAGGCUCAAUUUGCACGCGCACAGCCUGGCUCUCGAGCCAGCCAGACGACGCAAACAUAGGAGCUGCAGCCCGGGAGCGCAGCCACGCAAACACAGGAGCUGCAGCCCGGGAGCGCAGCCAGGCUGCUGGGCCAUGGCGACAAACACGCCCGUAGAGUGUGGUCGUGGUCGUACCCGGGCCGGGACUGAACAGCCCAACUGCUCCAGCUUCCAGUCGUUCUGACAGCAUGCCUGAACCACCAGGCUCCUCGCUGACCCCUCCGCUUCCUUCCCGCCAAGCGAAAGCGCCACCCGCGCUGCCCCUGCCCCCCUUGACGCCUUCCUCCGAUCCUCAACAGGAUACACCCCUCGCAACAGAAACCCCCUCCGCCGAGGCCCGCCGACCAAACUUCUGCCAGUACCGCUUGCACCUUACCUGCCAAGCUGCGUACUGACGGAACGCCUUGAGCGAGAGCGAGGUUGCGCUCCACUCCACUCCACUCGCCAGUUCAGUUCUUGCUUCCUGCUCCUGUCGUGGUGCCCUGAGUCCCUGACUGCGAGGAGCUAGCUAUGCAUCCCCGCGGUGGCCGACGAACUGCGUAGCCUGAUCAAACAGCUGAAUAAUCUGGGGAAGCAAGCGUCAAGGUAACAAUGACUGAAAUGGGAGAAGCUCUGAGAACCUGCAUGGAGCGGCUGGUGGUUGCCAGAGAAGAGCGGGAGCAGAUCAUCGUCGAGGCGGCCAACGAGAUAUCCUCCAAGAAGAAGAAAGUGCGCGAGCUCCAGCUGAAGCUGGAGGACGCGAACAAGAAGAUCGCGAAGCUCGCCGCCGAGAACAGCAACCUCUGCAAGGCCGCUGACGUCAAGGACGCGCUGAUCGGGGAGCUGAGGGAGUCCGCAGCGGCCACUGGGGACAAGCUCGCCGACGCGACGGCGAGGCUAGAGUCGGCGCAGAAACAAGCCGGGUCGUUGGAGUACGAGGUGCGCAUGCUCCAGAAGGAGCUGGAGGUCCGGGGCCAGGAGCGGGAGUACGACCUCAAGUCCGUCGACGCCGCGCGCCGGCAGCAGGCGGAGCACCAGAAGCGGAUCGCGCAGCUGGAGGCUGAGUGCCAGCGGCUGCGCGCCAUGGUCCGCAAGAGGCUUCCCGGGCCGGCAGCGAUCGCCAAGAUGAGGGACGAGGUCGAUCAGCAGCAGGCCCAGACCCCCACAGCCAGCCCGAGGCGACCCCGUCCCGCGACGCCCUCCUCGCCGCGGUCGGCCGUCGCGCCGUUCUCGCCGCGGACCCCGUCGCCGCGGCGAUCCGUCUCGGGCGGCGCCGACGGCUACGCGUUCAGGCUCCGCGCCGUGGAGGACGAGAACACGGCGCUGAAGCAGGCGCUGGCCAAGAGGGAGAGCGAGCUGCAGUUCAUGCAGAUGAAGUACGCCGACGAGGCCUGCAAGCUGACGGCGGCUCAGAUGCAGGUCAAGGAGCUGACGGAGGAGAACAGGCAGCUGAGUGACGCCAACACUCAGUCUGAAUCCUGGGCUUCUGCUCUGGUUUCUGAACUGGACAAGUUCAGGUCAGGCAACGAGAACGGUGGUGCCUGUGCGUCCAUCAUGGCAUCAUCUGAGAUGAACCUGCUCCAUGAUUUCUCUGAGGUUGAGAAGCUGGAGACGGCGUCAGGUGAUCAAAAGCGCAACGUGCAGCGUGCAUCUCCGCACAAGGCGGAUACAGGACUGGCAACGGAAGAACAGAAUGGUAAUGCUCCUGUCCUGGAUGGUAGCGUCUCCAACGGCCAUCCUGAGAAGGUUAGGCAUAUCUGGGAAUUAGUUGUGCAGAAGCAUGAAGCGAGCGGGGAAAGCUUUGAAGCUAUUAUUGAACAGAUAAGCCAGGCAUUGGAGCAGACAGCUACUCGUGCCAAGAGAGAUGGUUCGGACGUGCCAAGUGACCAGUCUGAAAUAGAGAAGGCGGUGAGAGAUAUGGUUGAGCAGACCACUUCCAUGAUCCAGGCGGCAUAUGCAGAAGAAGACGACGUCGCAAGAUCAAGAGCGCUGUCGCACCACAAGUCUGAGAUGUUUCGCCGCUUCAAGCGCCUGGUUCAGGUCCGUCAUGAGCUACUGGAAGGGAAAUGCGACCUUGGAAAGUUUGUAGACGAGGUCUGCCUCAUCCUAAAGUACGUAGUGAGCCAAUGCUUCUCGGAUCAAGAUCAGAUCGACACUGUGAGCCGUGAUACAGAGGAUUUUGAUGGAGCUAAGCCAUCAGGUGCGGUUACAGCAGACGGUACGCAUGACACUGAAAGCGCUAAACCAACAGCGACUUCAGCUUUUCGGACAGAAGCAGAUGGAGAACCAGUUCAGUCAGUUGAAAGCCAGACUACGGCGGCCAAUCGUCUGCAGAAACCUGAUAUAGAACUCAUACAUGCCCUACAACACGAGGAUGGUAGUAGUAUCCUUUCAGAGAGAAAAUCGGCGGCAUACCGUGAGAUGCAAAGCCCUGCUUCUGAGGCAAGUGUGGAACGUCGGGCAGUGCAAGAGGAAAAUCAUUUAGCAACAAACUCAGAGAUUCUCGCAGCGGCUGAUAAGCUCGCCGAGUGCCAGGAGACGAUCACGAUGCUGAGCAAGCAGCUGCAGGCUCUAAAGACGCCGGCAACUCCAGGUCCUCUAGACGCCUCCUCCGCCUGCAUCCCCAGGACGAGCUCGGCGAAGUCCGACUACAAGCCGCAGUCGCUCGCGAGCAUCCUCGCCGAGGCCUCCACGUCUCCCAGUCCCACUCCCACCACGCCCACGCCACAGGUGCUGUCCAAGGAAGACGAAGGCGAGGUUCGUGCUACUGCUACGCCGACGACGAGGAGCGCAGCACGGCAGGAGGAGAACGACGCCGGCGGCAAUAAUUCGAUGCAGAUUGUCGUCGUCCAUGCCGAGCCGCGGCCGGACGACGGUGGUUCCGCUGACCCGACGAAGAGGAGGAAGAAGCGCGGCACGAGCCUGCUGGGCAGGAUCGUGUUCAGGAAGAGAGCCGAAGGCGGCUCCUAGACCGACUGCGGUGACCUGCAUCGAUGCGGUGGAUGCGUUCUGCUGCCUACAGGUUUGGCAUGGAUCCGGCCAAGUGUGCUGUCACGUUGUGACCAGUGGUUUUUUUCCCCUUCUUCAGCGUGUUCUGUUUAUGCUGCUCCCAGUGAGCGAGCGAUCUUUUUGGGCGACAUAUGUUCCGGUCUUGCAGAGCCUUGUGGCUGAUGGCGACGGGUUCUGUCGCAUGGUGUGAGCUACGUGUCUUCUUUUGUUUAUGGACAGACUUUUCUCUGUGUAUUUAUGAACAUCUUGGCUGUGCAAAAAUGUUUAUUUAUUGGAAGGGGACAGGUUCUUUUGUCCUUACAGUAA